GCACGGCCCAGCAGCGAGCGCCCAGCCCGGCCCGGCCCCGCCAGCCGCCCCCCAUGGAGGAGCAGCCCCACCACCACCAUCACCACCACCACUAUUACUACUACGGGCACCACCACCACCACCCGCAGAGCGCCUACCUGCCGCCGCCCGACGGCCGAGCCCAGCCUAAGCCGCCGCUCCGCCACGAGCACAAGCACGGCGGCCCGCAGCACACGGAGGCGCCGAAGCGGAGACCAGGCUACGGAGAGCUGAAUGGUAACGCAGGAGAGCGAGAAGUGUCCCUGAAGGGCCUGUGCUCUGAUGAAGCCACCGCCCCAGGAUCCAGGGUCUCCAAUGGCAGCCAGCAGCUCGUAGAUCCUAAUGUCACCCCAAAGCAGACUGUGAAGGCCGGUGCUCUGGGGAAAGCUGGAAUCAAAACCAAGAACUUCAUUCAGAAAAAUAGCAUGGACAAAAAGAAUGAGAAGUCCUACGAAAACAAACACAGAGAAAACCAGUCCUCAGACAAGCCAGAGGGAGUGUCUAUUCCAAACGGCGUGGUGACCAACAGUUCCAGCUACAUCACAAAUGGCUACGUAGGCAAAGGGGCCGACAACGAUGGCAGCGGCUCCGAGAGUGGAUAUACCACACCUAAAAAAAGGAAAGGCAGGCGCAACAGUGCCAAGGGUUGUGAGAACUUGAAUCUAGUACAGGACAAAAUAAUGCAGCAGGAGGUCAGCGCACCAACCUUGAAACAGGAACUUGAGAGUUUCAAGCCUGAUUAUAGUGAACAAAAGGGGAACCGAAUUGAAAAUACUAAGCCUGUUUGGAAAUACGAGGCUGGGGCUGGUGGAGCAGGCAGGGGGAAGCCUGGGCUCGGGGAUGUACCACGGAAAAACUCUGAUGCCAAACCUGGGAUUAGCAGCAAGAAGUUUGAUGACCGGCCCAAAGGGAAGCACGCAUCGUCGGCUACGUCUAAAGAGGACUCAUGGACCUUGUUUAAACCACCCCCAGUUUUUCCAGUGGACAAUAGCAGUGCUAAAAUUGUUCCCAAAAUUAGUUAUGCAAGUAAAGUUAAAGAAAACCUCAACAAAGCAGCUCAAACCCCAUCCACGUCAUCCUCAUCGUCUUCAUCAUCUGCUGGGGAAACUCAGGCCCAGACAUCAUCAAGUCGACUGUCCCAAGUCCCCAUGUCUGCUAUGAAAUCUGUCACCUCUGCCAGCUUCUCCAACGGGCCAAUCCUUGCUGGGACUGAUGGAAGUGUGUAUUCCCCAGGGGCCCAGCCACUGCUCUCCACUGCUGCUAGUACUGUACCAUCGACCUCCUCCUCCUCUGAGUCUGUACCCCAGGACAUGAGUACAACUUCGACAGCCCUCGAACAAAAGAAAUCUGGCCUUUUUAUCUACCCUUCAAAUAUGCAAACUGUGCUCCUGGGGACAGCACAAGUCGAUUUCCCUUCACAGACGAAUCAGCAGAACCUGGGGGAUAUCUUCCAAAAUCAGUGGGGCUUGUCUUUCAUAAACGAGCCCAGUGCUGGACCUGAAACCGUUGUGGGGAAAUCUGCGGAUAAUCAGUUAAUGGAAGUGACAUUUCAAGGGGAAUAUCCUGCCACUUUGGUUUCACAGUGUCCUGAAAUCAUUCCCUCAGGAACUGAACAACCUGUGUUUCCUAAGGCUUAUGAGCUGGAUAAACGGACUAGCCCUCAAAUUCUUAGUGCUGUUCUUAAGCCUGGGACUGCUGUUGAGGGUGGUGUCUUAGCCUUGGAGUCGCAUCACACAGGUGACCUACAAAAGGCAGACACCGGUAGCCAAGGUGCUUUAGUGUUUCUUUCAAAAGACUAUGAAGUAGAGAAUCCUCUGGCCUCUCCUACGAACAAUUUGCUAGCCUCCGCCAAAGAACAGAGGUACCAGAGAGGCCUAGAAAGGAAAGAUAGCUGGGGUUCUUUUGACCUGAGGGCUGCUAUUCUAUAUCACACUAAAGAAAUGGAAGCGGUUUGGAAUUUGCAGAAGCAAGAUCCCAAAAGGAUAAUCACUUAUGAUGAAGCCAUGGAUCGCCCGGAUCAAUGAAGGUAGCAAGACAAGACUGCCUGUUCUAACCUUUCUGCAGCAUUUGUGCUGUUCGUGGGGGACAAAAAGGCUUUUAUGCUCCUUCUAAAUCUUCAGUGCAGCAGAGGAACCAUAACUAGAAUCACAGGAUAAUAUAUACAAAUAUAUAUAUAGUUAUUUAAAAAUGGCAACUGAAAGUAAUUAGACUUCUUAAGGAAUCUGAAAAUUUAUUUCAACGAGACUACACACGUGAUUAUUUAAUCUCCGGUACUGAAUAGAUUUUUUUUUUCCAUUUUUGUUUUGUUUUGUUUUUGUUUAAAGAGUGAAUGCAAGUGAUUAAGGAACACAGACUCAAUUACAAACCCGGUUUCAAAGUUCCUGCUGUCGUCUACAUGGGCAACAGCAACCCACUGGAGAGGCAUUUCCACUUGACAAGGUUUCUGUUUCUUGUUCUGUGACUGUAGUGACACACUAAUCACAGGGAAAUCAGGAUGAAUCACCAUCCUUCAUCUCCUCUUUUCCUUCCACCUCCCCUGUUUGGUUUCCUUUUUUUUUUUUUUUUUGCUGAUUUGUUUUCCAUUGAAUGCUGGAGAAACGCCUUGAAGUUUGCAGAGUUUCUUUUUUUUCUUUCCAGAGAAUUAUAAAUCCGCAUGUUUUGCCAGGAGUAAAGCAGCAAUCCUAUGCUGGUGAUAUUGUCUUAAAAGGAUCAUUCUGCUGAGGGAAAGAUGGUAAUACUGCAGUUCUAGGAUGCAUGGUGAAGUCACACAGUUGACCUGGCUCCUGUUACACGUUGGACUAUUGCAACUGAAGAGUUAUUUCAUUUUAAAAGACAACAUGGAAAAAUAAGCAAUCUGUUUAGGCAUUUAAUAUGGAGAGAAAAAAACAACAAAAAAAACCCCACUGUUCCCACAGUUUAAUGCCAUUGUAUUACUGGGAGCAAGAAAAAAAAAAAAGACAAAAAAAACUAUCUUCUGCUUUCAACUGUAGGUGCUUCAUAUUUGCUCUGUCUGUCUCCUAACACUAAAUGUGCUGGAUUUUUUUCCCAUUUUCAUUGGAAAACUGAAGAAGAAUUGAGUUCUGCUAACUUUCACCCUUCUUGAAUUAUUUUUUCUCUUAAAAAAAUUUCAAAAUAACAAAAAAAUGAAAAAAGUAAAAAAAAAAACAAAAAAGAAAAAAAUGGGAAUUUGAAUCCUUUUCCAUUUGUCCAUAGAACGCCAAUGGCUGGGCUUCCUGCCCCUUGGAAAUGCUCUUUUAUAUUUUAAUGCAGUCUGUGUAUUUCCGGGCUCUGCUUCUAAUUAUCUCUUAAUAAAAAUAUAUUUUAUUACAAAAAAAAUGGAGGACUUAGGAAUGAAAAUAAUAAUUUAAAAAAUAAAAAAAAAAUAAUCCCAGGGAAAGGAAAGCUUCCUAGCAGUGGUAGGGAAGGCUGAGCAGAGCGCAGGCUCCAGGUGUAACCCCUCUGUCCCAUUGCAGCUUGUGUAAUGUGUCCCAAUCAUCUGGGGGUCGGGUAGUUUUUCUGGGUUUUUUUAAAAGGUGGAAAGUUCACAGGGUCCAGUGCAAGAGUGAGAAAUGAAUAAAGCAGACAUGGGUUUGUUGGCCAGCCCCAGCUCCCCAUGUACCCAGUGCUCAUCGUGGGUGUUGGUGGCCCAAUCCUGGCUCUCCAAAUCAGCAGCAGUUGGUGUCUCCUAAAUGAGCCUGGACCCUCUGGGGCAUUAGGAGGAAUAAAUAAACCUAAAAUUUUGGAAUAUCCUUUGUGCUUAGAUCUGCCAUCAAACCAUGGGGCUGCUGUCCAGUCACCAGAGGGUCCCUCAGGGCUCCAUCCUCAGCCCAGCAUCUCAUUAACAGCCUGGGUUCAGGACUCAAAGACAUACUGAUUUUGCUGACACACUAAACUGUGAGGAGCUAUUGACACCCUCAAGGGCAGAGAGCCCACAACAAAUUAGAGCUGGGCAAGCACCAACUGUCUGAAGUUUGCAAGGGCCGGUAUCAGGUUCUGCACCUGGGAUGGCAGCCCUGGAUGGACUGGGAGGCUGGAGAGCAGCACCAUGGAAAGGGAGCUGGGGCUCCUGGUCCAUGGCCCGUUGGAUCUGAGUCAGCAGUGCCCUGGCAGCCAGGGGGC